AUGGCGUCAAAGCUCACGAUCAAGCCCGCGCUCGACAUCGCGUCCAAACCCACCGACGCCUCGGCCAAUUCGUCGUCGUCGUCGUCCGUGAAGCCGCCCGCCGCGUCGUCCGCCGGCGGCGUCGAGCCCAAACCUUCCGCCGAAUACGCGCCCCCGUCGGCGAACGACGGCGACGACGACUCCCCCGUCGCCUUCCUCUUCCCCGGCCAGGGUUCCCAGGCGGUUGGCAUGCUCCGGUCCGUCGCGGACGUCCCCGCGGUGAAGGAGAUGUGCGACAAGGCGAAGGAGAUCCUCGGGUACGACCUGCUCGACGUUUGCGUCAACGGACCGAAGGAGAAGCUGGACGCCACCGAGUUUGCGCAGCCCGCUUUGUUCGUCGCCGGACUCGCCGCCGUCGAGAAGCUUCGGAUCGACUCCCCCGCCGUCGUCGACUCGUGCGCCUCGUGCGCGGGUUUGUCCCUCGGCGAGUACACCGCGCUCGUGUUCGCGGGCGCGAUGACGUUCGAGGAGGGCCUUCGCGUCGUCAAGGUCAGGGCGGAGUCGAUGGCGGCGGCGGCGAAGGUUGGCGACCACGGCAUGCUCUCCGUCGUGGGCCUCAAGGACGACGCCCUCGAGGAGUGCGUCGUCGCCGCGAAGAAGGCGUGCGGCGACGGCGUCGUGUGCGAGAUCGCCAACAAGCUCUUCCCCACCGGCCGCGUGGUCAGCGGAGAUAAGCGGGCCCUUGACGAGGUCACCAAGCUCGCCACCGCUAAGGGCGCGAUGAAGUGCGCCAUGCUCGCGGUGUCUGGUGCGUUUCACACCGAGAGGAUGGAAUCGGCUCGCGCCGCCCUCGUCCAGGCUCUCAACGACGUCAACUUCCAGCCGACGAGGAUGCCGGUGUACAGCAACGUGUCCGGAGCGCCCUUCUACUCGCACAACAUCAUCCCGAGCCUCCUCGCCGAGCAGCUGGUGCAGCCGGUGCUGUGGGAGGACACGGUGCGGGCGAUGAUCGCGGCGGGCAAGACGGAGAUGUACGAGCUCGGACCCAAGGCGCAGAUCAAGUCCAUGGCCAAGCGAAUCGACGCGGAGGUUUGGAAAAAGUUCAAGAACGUGGACGUGUCCGUGUGA